GCUCCGCUGUUAGGACCAGCCUUGGAGGCGUAGCUUUUGAGAGUAUCAGCAAGUGCAGAGAGAGAAACAGGCUCACAUUCAUUCAAGGAGGCGGAGGGAAGCGCUUCUGUGGACUCAAAGUUAUCCUUCGACAUCCAACUCAAUCGCAGACAAAUCUGUUCUCGGAGGAUUUCAGAGGGAGCAGGGGAAAACGACAACAAGGAUCUAUCCCAGUCAGAGGUGGUGUCUGUUACCCCGCAGUGAUCUGUGGUCCACUCCCAGUGCUGAAAAAUGAGUCUGAGUACCAGUGAGCUGGAGGACCUGUGGGAGUCGUUGAGGGAAUUGAACUUAUCUGAAACAUUCACCAACAUCACAAGCGUUGACACGAUGUUGUGCGCCACGGCAUUCAACCGCAACGCCCUACUGUACUCCAUGUGCGUCCUCUACACGUUCAUCUUCAUCAUUGGCCUGGCCGCCAACGCCCUGGUCCUUUGGGUGAACAUUCGGGCGCAGAGAGACUCCACCCCUCGCCACGAGACGCACAUGUACAUCGCGCACCUGGCGGUCGCCGACCUGUGCGUGUGCGUGACCCUGCCCGUGUGGGUGAGCUCGCUGGCCCAGCACGGCCACUGGCCGUUCGGCGAGGUCGCCUGCAAGCUCACCCACCUGAUGUUCUCCGUCAACCUCUUCGGCAGCAUCUUCUUCCUCGCCUGCAUGAGCGUGGACCGCUACAUCAGCGUCACUCGGCACGGAGACGAGGGAGGCCCGCGCAGGAAGUUCGUCCGCCGGUGCGCAUGUGUGGGCGUGUGGCUCUUGGCUUUGGUGGCUUCCCUGCCGGACACCUACUUCCUGCGCACUGUGAAGUCGACACACGGGGACAUCACCCUGUGCAGGCCCGUGUACCCAGACGACAACUCCAGGGAGUGGAUGGUGGGAGUGCAGCUGAGCUUCAUCCUGCUGGGCUUUGUCCUCCCCUUCCCCGUCAUUGCAUUCUUUUACGCCCUGCUUGCCAGAGCUUUCACCCGCACCCCCUCCUCUGCCUUGGCGUCGUCCCCAAUAGAGCAGGAGCGACGUGUCAGCCGCAGGGUCAUUCUGGCCUACAUUGUGGUUUUCCUGGCCUGUUGGGGGCCAUACCACAGCGUCCUCCUGGCCGAUGCCCUCUCGCAGCUGGGCCUGGUGCCGCUGACCUGUGGCCUGGAGAACGUGAUCUACGUGGCAUUGCACCUCACCCAGUGCCUGUCCUUGCUCCACUGCUGUUUCAACCCCAUCCUCUACAACUUCAUCAACAGGAACUACCGCUACGACCUCAUGAAGGCCUUCAUUUUCAAAUACUCGACCAGGACGGGCUUGGCACGUCUCAUCGAGGCCUCCAACAUCUCCGAGGCCGAAUACUCUGCCGUGGCCGUAGAAAACCCGCCGCAGAUGUGAAAGUUCCAAAAACUGUUACAGAGCUGAAUGCAGUGCAAACAUGUGUUAUAAUUUGUCCUGUCCACUAUCAGCAUUGCGUUUGUCACUAGAUGACAAUGAGAAGGAAAGGAAAAGACAAUCCAGCGUCCUUUUUUUACUGACAUUUCUAGUCAAAGAAAAGCUUGAAGACUUCAAAAUGUCAACUCUGGUGGACUGAUGGAAAAGCACUUAGAACGCAGGUUCAUCACUACAGCUGAUACACAAAUCAUGUUACUUUUUCAUCACUGUGGUUGUAAAAAACAGUGGCCGUAAAUGUGUGAAAUCAUUGGCUGUGCUGCAUAUGUAGGAUCGUAUUGUAUGUGCGUGUCUGUUGUGCUUGCUGUGCAAUGUUUAUUGAGUAAUAUUGUUAAUUUUUUUUUUGUACCUAGUUGUAUUUAUAUACAUUUAAACUGUUUUGCCUCCUUCAUGUUGCAAUGCAAAGUCUUCACACACUGAUGUCUGCUCAGUGCUCCACUUCAUACGUUGCUGCCUCAUCUUUUUAGUUGAGUCACUGACUGGCUCACUGUUUUAGUCCUGCUGUCUCAUUUUUAAUCAUAACCUCAUGUCACGUAAGCUGAACCCUUCAGACAAAUGAAAUAAAUUGGGUUUGAGUUGGCCCAUGCGACUAAGGACGUUAAACGCUUAGAAGAAUAUAUAUUAAUAUUUUUUAGGAUUUUGUCCCCUCAAUACCACUCUGGUGUCUGUAAACGAAAUACGAAGCGACAGAAGCUGCUAAUUAGGUUAGCUUAGUGUCGGUUCUUCUUCUUUCCAACAUUGUCUGGAGGCUUCAGCUGGGACUACUGAGCUUAAAGAGGAGAUCCAUGUAGCUCCUCACUAUAUUCUUGCCUAUUGAGUAUACUGUGCUGUCACUAUAUAUUAUAUCUUGCAUGCUUGCAGUGCGGGAUGCACAUGUCCAUGUGGUAUUAAUCCUGCUGCAUUAGCACUCAAGCCACAGACAGCUACAACUUUAUGACCAAAUAACAUGAAUGAAUAGCUUUACUCAUCUCAUGUAUGCAGCAGCUGUGGCGUGCAACACCCAACUGUUUAUUAGAGACCAAAUAACAAGAACAUCACUGCAUUACUUAAGAGUUGUGUAUGUGAGCGUGCCCGUGUUUGUGUGUGUGUGUGUGUGUGUGUGUGUGUGUGUGUGUGUGUGUGUGUGUGUGUGUGUUUGUAUGCAAGCGAGCCAAAGCUUGACACAAAGUGAUGAUGUAAAAACGCGCCAUAAAUAUCAAGUUGUACAGUUUACUCACUGUCUGUUGUAGGAAGCAAAGUAUUGUUUUGAUGUGCUGUCACGUGAUUGGUUACACAUGCAAGCUUUUACACUGAAAAGAUGUCAUGUUGCAAUUGGAACAGUGCGGAGACACGGACAUGUGUCUGCAAGAACAGAGGCAUUCCUUUGACAUUGUGAUGUGUAACAUGUGUUUUGUUAUAUAUUAAAUACCGAGAAAAUG